AAAAAUUUAUUUUCUCUUUUUCCAGUUUCAAUCAAAUUCCCCAAAAAUCACAGUUUUCUUCGUUUCUCCUUUCAUUUCCUUUUCAAAUUAAAAACCCUAAAAACCAAUCAGAUCAUCCUUCUUAUUCUUUCUCUCCAAAAUCAAAGUCUCUCUUCUCCCUUCAUCAUUUCCAGAUCUGGGUUUUCAAAAUCAGAGUCUUUCUUCUCCCUUCAUCCUUUCUAGAUUUGGGUUUUCAAACCCAGAGCCUGGGUUUGCAGACUUCCGAGUUAGCUGAGUUAGUCCCGAGUUUACCUCCGGAACUCGAUCUGGAGUGCCUGAUUCGCUUACCUUACACCGGCGUUCACCGUGUGGCUUCCGGUGUUAGCCGGCGAUGGCGGGAUUUACUUCAAAGUCAGGAUUUUUAUUAUCACAGGAAGAGGUAUGGGUAUACUCAUAAAGUUGCUUGCUUGGUUCAAGCUUUUACUGCUGCUGCUGCUGCUGGAGUCGUUGAUGGGCAAAAACCAGGUGACUUACCGGGUUAUGUGGUUACUGUGUUUGAUUCUGUGAGUCAGUCGUGGGAGCGACUUGACCCGAUACCCAGUCACCCAAAUGGGUUGCCUUUGUUCUGUCAAUUGGCGAGCUGUGAAGGGAAAUUGGUCAAAGCGGUCGUUUUUCGCAGCCGGGGCUUGUUCGGGUCGAGUCUAUGUGGCAGGCGAGCACGAUGAGAACAAGAACGCGUUGAGAACCGGAUGGGUUUAUGAUCUGAGAGUGGAUGAGUGGACGGAGUUGCCUCCGAUGAGUCAAGAGCGUGAUGAAUGUGAAGGGGUGGUGAUGGGGCUGGAAAUGGAAAUGGGGAUGGGAGGUGAUGGGGCUGGAAAUGGAAAUGGAAAUGGGGAUGGGAUGUGUCCGUCAAAAUUUUCCAUAAAAAUCCUCAUUCUUAUCAUUAACAGCACUAGCAUUAGCUGCAACCUAGAGUUGGAUCUUACCCUCAUCAACAAACUCGGUUACCCUUCUCCGCUACCCCUAAUUCCCGUCCCUUACCUGUCCGUGAAGACUGUUGGUCUGAAGAGGCCACAUCCACCCUCAUCAACGCCUGGGGACGCUUGGGGUUGCCUGGGUUCGGCAUCGAUGGACGAUGGGUAUUUUAGAAGAAAUUAUUCGGCCCUUGCUGUAGCUGUAGUAGCAGCAGAGAAUGAAGAGGAAGAAGUAGGUGAAAGCGAGGGAGAGCAAAGUGAUCAAGGCGAAGGGGAAGAGAAGGAAGGUAUAGAUCUGGUUUCGUUCUUUUGCUUAUUUUGUGUUUCCUAUGUGUAUUUCCUGAGUUGAUUCGGUGGUUUUCGUGUUGCUUAUUUUCAAGAUUAGAUCUACAGUUGGCUUGUAUGUAAUUUGGCUCGAAUCGCUUUUUUUCUAGAAAUUCUUUACUCUUUUUAAUCUAUGUUCCUUUUUAUUAGUUGGAUUAGGAGAUCUUGGCUUUGCUGUUUGGUAUAUUCAAGAUUAGUUUCCAUGUUAUGUGAUGAAACCCAGAUCUGGGCUUG